UGAGAAUAUUUUUUAUUGAAUUGACGCGAUGAAGAAAUGGUUCUCUGUACCGAAUGUUACAGAUAUCGUUUCAGACCAUCCAGUAUUGCUAACAUUUCACAACAAAGUAAUUAAAUAUGAAAUAUGGACUGCGUUAGAAGCAGCAUUAGCAAAAGCUAAGAAGGUUUAUUAUGAAAAAUUUCAUAUCUAUUCAAAAGAAUGCAAAGUAACAGAAGAGCAAAAUUUGUUGUUUAACAAGAUAAAAGAGAUCGUUGAAAAAGUAUCUGUUACUGGCUUGCUUCAGGAAUGGGAAGACAAUAUUUAUGAAUUGACGAAUCAAUCGAAAAUACGUGACAAAUUUGUAAAUAUUUUCGAGAAUCAGAUUCAAGAAAUAAAGGACCAGUACUAUGAGACAAUGCGUAACAUGGCAAUAUGUCGAACAAUAGCUAUUAAAUGCGAAAAUGUAUACAACCAGGACAUGUUUAUUAUUUCAUCAUUUAAGGAAAAGGAAGAAUGUUUCAACCGCACUAUAUUUGCUAAAAAAUUUUCUAGAAAUCGUUGCGCAAUCGCCAAACAAUAUUACUUGUCGCAUCAACUUAUUAAAAACAUUGUCGUCAAAGCGCAUCUCCUCUUGCCAGAAAUAUUUUGUGAUUUUGGACGUUGCCACAGUGUUGAGUUUAUAGAUUUUGACAAGUAUAUCAAUACAUAAUUAAAAAGAUAUUAAAUUUGAUAUUAUACGAAUGAAAGAUAUUAAAUAAAUAAAAACUUUAGUAAUUAUGAUGAUGAGGGGAGCCAGUCCCGAUAACCUUGACCUUGACGUAUGUUGUCAAGAUUAUAACCCUGAGUGACCUCCAACAAGUUUUAGCUGUCGUUCGUUAUUCGUUAUAAAAAGUUAUUAACAGUUAAAGUUAGUAAUUAUUUCAUUGCUUUACAUGAGAAGUCAGAUAAUUCCGGGCAGUAAGAGAGGUAUGAGGUGAACUGAUUAAGGGAAUAUGACUUUCUCCCCCCCUCUCCUCCUUCCCCCUGCAAAGGAGCGCACGACUCUCACCUUCGACUGAUGUGCAAUAGUACAAUUAUGGGAGUCGCGCGCCCUUUUGCAUGGGUGAGAGGGAGAUGAGAGUCGAAGAUGAGAGUCGUGCGCACCUGAAGCAGGGGGAAGGGGAAUGAGAGUCGAAGGUGAGAGUUGUGCUUUCCUGAAGUAGGGAGGAUGAGAGAGUCGAAGGUGAAAGUUACCUAAAACUUAUUGGAGGUCUUUCAGAGUUAUGACCUUGACAUAUGUCAAAAUCGCAGUCAUCGUUGUGAUAUCCCCUACAGAGUGCACGACUACCAGACAUAUCCUAAAGCAGAAUUUUCAUGUUAUAUGGUUGAACUUCUUUUGUUAAUAACUUUUUAACGAAUAAUAAGCAACGGCUAAAACUUGUUAGAAAUCACUUAGAGUUAUGACCUUGACAGCAUAUCAAGGUCAGGGUCAUCGGGAUUGGCUCCCCUC